AUGGAGAAACUCCGCUAUGUAGAGACCAAAUCUCUGGGGGUAAGUGAAAUUGAGAUUUGCUCAUGUUCAGUGGUUUCCCUGCAAGAGUGAUGUCAGUGCAGAAAAGACUAAUCUUAUCAACAGGUUCAAGAGGGUAAUGCAAAGGAUGCUCUCAAUUAUUCUCUUACCCAAUGUGGAUUUGUUAGAUGUAUUUAAAAAUGUUUGGGCUGGCUGGGUGACUUAUUCAAUGGAAUAUUUAAGUAAAGAGUAUUACUGAUGAACUAGUCCCUGGCAAAUGGCAAUGCAAAGUGUUCAGAUUACAAGAAGACAAUAUUCCUCUACAAAUCAGAGGAGAAGACAGUAUGUAAACGACUUAAAGCAGGGGUAUAUCUACAAGAAUAAAGGUGAGACAAUAAGUAGUCUAUUCACACAUACAUAGUUAAUACCCCCAGUCCCACUAAUACAAAAAAUCUCUAUAGAAACUUACCUGUCCCCAUCUGCAUGUUUCCAUUGGGAGGAGCAUAGAAAGAGCACGAUAUCCUUCAGUUGGUUAAACCUCCUUAGGAUACAUGGUGGUGGAAUUUAAAGACAUAGCGGCGGAAAGCCCACAAACACAGCUGCAUGUUAUUACAUGAAUCCUGCAAAUUCUAAUGUUGAAUUUAAUUAGUGUAUUGAGUUUAUAAAUAUACUUGGACUCCAUCUGGGAAAGUAAUCUGGACACAUUAACAUUAACGAGUGAGCUGAAGAUAUGUGCUUUACAACAAAAAAGUGAAAGACAUCACAAGUGUGGUUUUGUUCAAUGAAGUGUUCAACCAGCGGAGCCUCUCUGAUUUUGCCUCUAAUGUGGGAUCAGUGUUCUAAAAUACGAGUCUUAACAGGGCAGGUAGAGGCAUCAAUGUACAGUAUAUCAACUGACAAGAGCAUUCAAUUAAAUAAAUCACAUUUCUGGCGCCACAGUUAGUGAACCCAUUUGUUUCAGAAUUGUGGAACUGUUAGGGACAUAGCCUUACUUCACAAAGUGAUGACACUACUCCUUGCUUUAAAGGAGAAGAAUAUAAAUAAUGUUGUCAGCCAGUGGAAAAACAGGGUGUUAUGUGGGCUGUGUUUGAACCCACAUUUGUGUCCAGCACUCAUGUGUAUUCCCCAAGAGGUUUAGGAACUUUUGCUGGAAUGCAAUGUUUUUCUGCUAUAAAUGUGUUUACCCUUAACCUUAUGUACCAUAAAGAAGUUCAUACACCAGGAAAUAAACAAAGAUUGAUUUAUUAAUUUAAAUUAAUGUGACAGUAUAUGGGUGUUGCUUUCAGACAGCAGAGUUACACAAUAAGUGGGCAGCAAAUCACAUAGCAUAUGCAUCUUGAUCUUGAGAGCAAAUAGGAUCCCUAACUAUCCCCAAAACCUCAAGAGCGGGCAUGACAAUUUGCCAUGGUAUCCAUACUAUGAAGAAAAAGCAAUGCAUACCUUAUCCUGAGGCCUAAUCAAACACAAAGUCAGAGAUCAGAAAUCUGUGCCUCCUGCAAGAGUUAAGCUCUUCCCUUAAAAUUCUGCACAAGCCAUCCACACACAAAAAUAUCUCUCAUUCUUUUGGUCUGUGUUCAGUGAAGCAUACAACUGAUCCUUGAUAUCAUUGAGAAGCAAAGAUGGGGUCCUGGUGUAGCUUUCAGCUACCCAACCACUGAAAACCUGGGGUUUAAGGUUUUUUGGGGGGGGAGGGGGUUGAACCAAUGUUCAAAAAAGAGGGUUCUUUUUGGAUGAGUGUCCUUUAUUCCUUUAUGACAGUGCUUUUCAACCAGUGUGCCAUGGCACCCUGGGGUGCCUUGAAUAAUGGUCAUGGUGCCACGGGCAACACUGCCCUCUGUCCUUCUUUCCUUACCUGCCUCCUCUGAUGCCCUCUCACUUCUCUGCCUCCCAAAGGCUUGUGCAGCUGUUUGUUGCAACAGCCCUGGCUAUGAGCUCUGCAAGCGAAUGGUGCCUCAGGGAGGCACCUCUGUUUUCAGCUCAGAGACCAAGGGUGGCAGCUAGGGGAGAGGAGAGGAGGCUGAGGGAAGACUCCACAAGGGAGGGUGUUUGGAAAAGGGUGAGAGGCCGCCAGCUCUGCAGGCAAGGGGUGACAUAACUGGGCUCUUGAGCCCCACAGGGGUGCUGCAGAAAGAAUGCAGUUGGUCAAGAGAGCCAUGGACUCAAAAAGGUUGAAAACUUCUGCUUUAUGCCACUGUUUAUAUCCAAGUUUCUGCCUGUUUGCUAUUUUGUUUACCUUUGGAGGAAGAUUCAAUGCAAAACCCCAUUCUUUCCUACAGGAGGUAAUAGUUGAACAUUACUAGUAACACAGCAUAGGAGCCAAUGCCCAGGGGCCGAUUUCUUUUUGCCCCCACCCCCAAUAAAACAUUUGAGGGGGCUGCCCCCCAGUUGAUGGGCAUUGCCAUUCAAAUGUUGUGCAUGCAACUUUAUGUGGGGUGGAGCUUACCUUCCCCCCCCCCCAAAAAAAAGGUUGGCACCCCUGUAACACAGAAUUUGUGUGCUGAUAUUUACAUUAAGUGUUACAAGGUCAGGAUAUCUACUCAUACCUUCCAGGGCAUGUUUAAAAUAAAGACUAGUAACCAGGGUUAAAGGUAGCUCCAUGAUGGGGGUCUCUUUACAUCAAAUUAUGCCACAUUCAUUGAUGCCACGAGCUACAGGAAUAAACCAUAGAAAAGGUUCAAAUUAUCAGACACCAUUACAAGGACUUAGAGGAGGAUAUUCCUCACACAAUCUAGGGACCUGAGAAGGUUUUUUCUGUUUUUCUGUGUGGGCAGCUUGAAGUCAUUAUUCAGGGGUUUGGGUUUUUUACCUCUUAUCAGGGCUCAGGAAGCUGUUUGAUCUUGUUUGUGUAAUUUUCUCUCCCAGGUUAUCCAGAUCAUGAUUGGAUUGGUACACAUUGGCUUUGGGGCUGUCUCCCUUGUCCUUUUACCUUACCAUAGGGUUUUUGCUGCUCUUGGAGGUUAUCCAUUCUGGGCUGGACUAUUUGUAAGUAGUUGGUUAUUUGUCUUUGAGGACCAGUCUGUUUCAGUGUCCAUGGUCAUGAAAUUUAGGGCUGCAUACAUAGCAUACAUUUAAUUCACAUUUAAAGCACAUCCUCCACACACGCCCAACCAUCCUAAAUUGUAGUUUAAGGGUGCUAGGAAUUGUAGCUCCAUGCAGGGUAAACUACAGUUCCCAUUUUUCGGGGGGGGGGUGCUUUAGGUGUAUGACGUGUGCACACAGCUUUGACCUUGGAGAGGAAGUCUCCAUUAUGUUCCUAUUCAAUUGCUGACUUUUUUUGUAUUGAGAACUAAUAGCUAGUAAAUAAGUCAUAAUCUCUCUCUCUCUCAUGCAUAUCCUUAUAGUUUUGCGAAAUGGAAUAGACAUAGAUGAAGGAAAUGUGCUCAUGCAGGAAACCUGCUUGCCUCCACCCCAGUGGUGUCCCCAAAAGCAUUUACUCUUUCAUGUAGAAGUGAAGUCUGUAGGCUGGAGUCAACUAAGCUAUUGCACUAGUGGAAGCCAGUGUCAGGAUUCAUACUGGCACAAUGAGACUUCCUUCGCUCUCCACCUUCCCAUGCCUCCACCCUCCCCAAAUUUGCUCAAAAAGGUGACAAUAACCCCCUGAACAGUGCAGGGGAGCAAGAGAGGAGGGGUUGUUCUGUCUGGUGAGCAGAAAUGCUUUGCUAAGACCUCUGAGACCCCUAUUCCCUUCACAGACCUACAGUUCCCACUGUUCCAUGGGAAGAGGAACUGAUUGUUAAACCACUCGGAGAAUUGUAGCUCUGUGCACCGCACCCUUAACUCUCAGCUCCCUUGACAAGCUGCAGUUCCCAGGAGUCUUUGACAGAGCGGCAUGACUAUUUAAAGUGACUAUAACACAGCUUUAAAUAUAUAUAGUGCAGAUUGAAACCAAGUUGUACUAUCCCGGGAGGGCUUUCCCAAGAAAUGUAGAAAGUUUUUUAGUUCCAUUUGUUUACCAAAAGCAAUGCUUUUGGUUGAGGCAGGUAAGUCAUCAUGCCCCAUCCAGGAAAACUUGGGCAAAGCCUUUGGAGCAAUGGUGCUUAGUUCUCUGCAUAGGACUGCAAAGGACUGGCACACAUGGUUCAACAGGAAGAGGGGAAUCUUAUGUCAAAGCCGUAUUCACAUGUUCAAGAACAUUUUAAUUAAAACCAAUGAACAAAUCUCCUUGUCAGUUUUCAAUGCAUUUAUGUUGGAGACAUAGUCAGAAAGCCAAUAGUUGGCUGUUCUUUGGUAAAAGAAGAAAAUAUUCUAUUAUCUGACAUCAGUCCCAAAGCACUGAGAUGUUGGGACUAAGGAAAAUGUUGUUGUUUUUUAGUGAACAACCCAAAUGAUCUUUUCUUUUUCUUCUCCUGAAUAGUUCAUUAUUUCUGGAUCCCUGGCUGUGUCAACUGAGAAAUAUCUUAAUACAAGCCUGGUGAGAUACACACCAUUCCCUCCUCGUUUGUGUUGCUGUAUAAACAAACAAAUAACUUAGCCUUCUUGUUACAUGUCUGGGUAUAUGGCCCCCUCCAGACUGAUUUUUUAUUGCAGGUGGUUCUGCAGCAUGGUUUUGCCAUAAUAAUAGUGUAUUAGCGGUGGGUUUAUUCUGCAUGAGUUUGUUCUGUGGUGCUUCCCUAAUGCUAUUACACUAUUGCUGUCUGAAUGGCUAUAGCAUAGCAAAAGCAGGACAAAAGUAAACCAGAACACCUGCAGUAUAAAAAGUUGUAGGAUGUCAGCAGGAAGUUACAAAAUAUGCACUGAUCGGAAACGAUACAGUCUGACUUCUCAAAACAUUUGCACGUGCAAACAUGUGAAAGCAGGAUCACGUGUGACCCAACAGCAUCAUGAGAACAAAUAAUAACGAAUGUGCAAUUGAAAAGUUCUCUGGAGGGGCACUAGAGUAACUGUCUACACUAUUCUGAUGUGCAUUUAUCGUAAAUCAAAGCAGCCUGUAAGACUGGUGCUCGAGAUCGGCAACCAACCUAGAACAGAGGGUAGCCGAGGCUCCUUCAAGUAACACCUCUUGAUCCCAAUCCUGGCUGGAAGGUGCUACCAUGAGAUUCAAAGUGGGGGUGGUUGUUCCAGGGCCCAGACCCCUUGCUGCCUGAGCACCAGAGCAGCUCUUAGAAGAGGCUGUGGCUUGAUCCACUGGUGGAGGAAGAGGGGUGCAGGAGGAGCGCACCGCCCCCGACAGCGAUAUCCCGGUGGGGUGCCAUCAUGGCUGCCCCCCCCCCCCCCCCGCGCUGGGCACCCCACCCCUGCAGGCGGCGCGUAACGCCCCCAGGACAUGCGUCAACCCCCUGCAGGCAGCGCCACGCCCCGGGACAUGCACCAUGCUCCCAGGAUGCACGCCAGCCAUACUCCCGCCUGCUCUCCACCCCCACCCCGAUGCUGGAGCAUAAAGCUCCACCACUGGCUUGAUCUUCAGUGCCGUGCCGUCUGGCACUGCAGCUCCCUAGGAAAUCACAGAAAAGGUGGCAGCCCAUUGAGGGAUAGCUUCUCUGUCACUUCUCUCCUGCUUUGGGUUACCCAACUUUUUAAAAGUGCCCUUAUGCAGCAUGUUAUGUACUGAGUUGAAUAGGAUCCAAACUGCAGCAGUCUGAUUGGUCCUAGAACAAUAGGAUCCAAAUUGCAGCAGUCUGAUUGGUCCUAGAACAAUAGGAUUCAGAAUGCAGCAGUCUGAUUGGUCCAAGAACAAUGCAGCAUAUAUUUCACAGCAUCAGCAUACUCUUUCCAUCCGUCAAUGCGAAUUGCAGUGCAAACCUAACCACAUCUACUUAGAAGUAGAUUGAAGUGAAUUCAACUGGACUUGCUGCCAGAUAAGUGGGGUUCUAAAUCCUAAAUACAUCCAGCAGAAGUAAAGUAAAUCAGGUGGUAAUCGUGGGGGAGCAUAAAAGCCUGGUAGAGUUUACAGGGGCUUAGAAUGUCAACCGUUGUUUGCUGGCUACACGGUAGAGGGGAGCACGACGUGGCAAUUUGUUAUGUAGAACACAUGCCCUCCUUGCUUGCCUAGCUACACACACAGACCUCAGUCCUUGAAGUACUGCUGUUUGAGGGUUUUCUCAAACACUUUUGCAGACAUCCCUUUGCAAGUUCUCAUACCUGCGAUCUAUGCAUCUAGUUCAACCUCCUACAAUGUAGGAAUGUGCAGCUGUCCCAUAUGGGGAUUGAACCUGCAACCUUGGUGUUAUCAGCACCAUGAUCUCUAACUAACUCAGCUAUCCUGGCACAUGAAAUCCAGUUUCAUAGACUCAGACUGGAUCUAGACACAUCAAAGAAGCAUUUCAGUUAAACGCGUUGCAAAUUUUGUAUGAGAAAUCUGGUUAACAAAAACGGGACUCCACAGCCCCAUCUAGUGUUAGAAUGCAUAAACAACACAUAUAAAGCGUUUUUUCUUUGGCCGUGUAGCUGAGUCCUCAGUUAUAGUACCCUCCAUGUCUGCCCAGGGGCUUCUUUCCUUCCCUUGCACCUCCAGUUUCAACUUAGUUCAUGUUCUGUUCACCUAGCAAUUAUGGGAACUACUUUCAGGUGAAGUUUAGAGAUUUUUGAACUAAUUCAGUGAACUUCAUUUGACUGAACUAGUUCAUUCCAAACUUCAGUACAAAUACAAACAACAGGAAGCCUGUACAGUUUUGUGUGAUUGACAGAUCCUUCACACUGCUUCAGAUUGGUCUUUAGAUUUCUAUUUCCUCUGAUUUAAACCUCAAUUCAGCUUGAACUCAGGCCUCUUGCAAAACAGGUAUUUCUCUUCACAUCGUUUGGGUAUGACUCUCUUCAUUAGACUAUUUGCCUUUGAAGAUGGACCUCUGUUUUCGGGUCUCCUGAUUCAUUGUAUCUUUCAGGUGAAAUGCAGUGUGGGAAUGAACAUCACAAGUUCUAUAAUGGCAUUAGUUGGCAUCAUGCUCUAUUUGACGGAGCUGUGCCUAAAUUCUGUUCUUAAAAAUUGUGAUCAUCUUAAUCAGGACAAAUAUUCUUGUGAGGUAAGUGAACAAGUUCCAAAAAAUGUUGACAUUGUGGGCAAAAUCUUUAGAAAGGGAGAGAAACCCAGAGCCACCUUGAGCUUUGCUUGUGCUGCAAGCAGUUCCCACAUCAAGAGACCAGCCUCUGGGAAUUCUAGGAAUUGUAGCUCUUUGGGAAGACAAACAACUCUCAGCACCCUUAAAAAAAACUUCCUGGGAUUCUUUGGGUAAGGUGUGAUGGUUUAAAGUAGGAUGGUACUGCUUUAAAUGUAUAGUGCUGAUAGCGUCUUUGUUUUUUGACACAGUAACUCCCAGAUAUUCUCUUUAAAGGUAAAGGGACCCCUGACCAUUAGGUCCAGUCAUGGCCGACUCUGGGGUUGCGGUGCUCAUCUCGCUUUAUUGGCUGAGGGAGCCGGCGUACAGCUUCCGGGUCAUGUGGCCAGCAUGACUAAGCUGCUUCUGGUGAACCAGAGCAGCGCUAAAGAUAUUCUCUUUAGCUGCUUCUUUUGAAAAGAAAGUGUGAGGCAAAUGUCAACGAUACAGAAGGGUCAAUAGCAAAACUACUAUGUGUAGCUUAAGUGGACUUUUUUCUGAUUCACCUGCCAUACAACCUGAUAAUAUAUUGAUCAGAAUGUACAUUGGGUAGUUCUUCUGUGUUCUAUCCUAUAUUAGCAGCCUUCAUGCAGGUGGCAAGGCACAAAUGAGGUUUUUAGCCUUAUGUGUGCACCACACCUUCUAAAUCCUAUCCACUGUAUGCCUGGAGAUUUGCUUUGUGAGGCUGCAAAAUGCAAACAUACUAAGAAGGUCCCAGCUGCACAGCCCUGUUUCUUACUGUGUUAUAUUCAAAGAGGCAGAUGUAUGUCAGUAUGACCUCUUGCCCAAACAAUUCUAAAUAGUCGUCACCACUGCCUCCAACUCUUCUCCACAUGAAUUUUUCACUGGUGUUGUCAGGUCAGAAUUUUUCUUAUGAGCUGCCUUGAAACCACUGAGAUGAUUUUCUAGUACCCAGAGCUGUGUCCGUGUUGUCAUGUCACCUGCUCCUCUGCUUUGCAGCUAAGCUACCAAAUAGGUACUGGUCUCGGAAUCCUCCUCUUCUUGUUCACCUCCCUGGAGUUCUGCAUUGCAGUUUCCACAACACAUUUUGGCUGCCUGGCCGUCUGCUGUAACAAUGAGAGGGUAAGCAUUGGAAAGCCUUGCUCAGAAAUUAAGCAGAUCAUAUUGAAAAUAUGGUACAGAGGAGAUAUUGAUUCGUGGGGUUUAGAAAUGCCUUCAGGCUCCCAUGCGAUCCUUUGCAGCUGUCUUGGAAUUGCCAGCUGUUAUCUACAGUAGAGGACCAUGGUUCUGGACCACGAGUCUGAUGGAGCCUAGGAAGUCUUCUGUUCCUUAUUCAUGCACCCCCCAUGUACAGCAAUAGCAUUUGAUAUGGCUGCAAAAGGCUUGAAUGACCCUGUUCCUUAUCAGUGUGGUAUCAGCUGCACUGGUAGAGUUCAGCUACAGAGGGCUUUAAGAAUUUAGAGCAAUUGUUUAGAUCAUGGUGACAUGGGAAAAAAGGACACCAUCAUAACCAUGUAUGUUUGUGUGUGUUUCAGGCCAUAACUUUCAUGCAGUACACCAUCUAUCAAGGUGGUAUGAAUUCUGCUGAAGGCAACCCUGCUCCUCCAGCCUCCAGUGCUACACUUUCUUCCAAGGAAGAGGCUUGCUAA